UCUAACAACAGCAUUACUGGAGCUAUACCAUCGGGGUUAAGGAAUCUUACUAGUUUGUAUGGCCUCGAUCUCACUUUGAACCAGCUAACUGGCCAGAUACCAAUGUUACCGAGAAGCCUCACUCGAUUGGCCAUCUCCAUGAACUCCUUGUCAGGACCUUUGCCAUUUGAUUUUGGAGCUCCAGAUCUUACAGACCUAAAUCUCUUCUCCAAUUGCCUUACUGGUCAUGUUCCUAGGGCUAUUUGUGAAUUAAAAAACCUUAGUUUGUUGGAUCUAUCCAAUAAUCUCUUUGAGGGAGAAUUUCCAUGGUGUUCUGCGAUGCCAAGCAUGGAAUUUCUGAUCUUAAGUAACAACAACUUGUCUGGAAAUUUUCCAUCUUGGAUUCAGAACAGCUCACAAUUAGUUUUCCUUGAUCUUGCGGUGAACAAGUUCUAUGGAACGUUACCCAUGUGGAUUGGAGAAUUGGUGAACUUGAAAUUUUUGCUGCUAAACCAUAACAUGUUUUAUGGGGAUAUUCCGGCCAACAUCACAAAUCUUAUACUACUUCAGUACUUCAGUUUAGCAAGCAACAAUAUCUCAGGAUCAAUUCCAUCGUCCUUGUCAAGAUUAAUAGCAAUGACACUAGAACAUCCAAAGCGUGGGACUCGCUGGUAUGUUCAAGAGGUCAUAAACAAGGACAUUUUGUCUGUGGUGAUGAAGCGGCAAAAUAUGAAGUAUGACAUAUAUAGAAUUAACGAGAUGUACGGCAUUGACAUUUCACUCAACCACUUAACAGGUGGAAUUCCAGAUGAGAUAACUUCUCUUAAUGGAUUGUUUACUUUGAAUUUAUCAUGGAAUCACCUGAGCGGGAAAAUUCCUACGAACAUUGGGGAUAUGAAAUCACUAGAAUCACUCGACUUAUCAAGGAACAACCUUUCCGGUGAAAUCCCAACAAGCUUGUCAGAUUUGACGUAUCUAAGCUCCUUGGACUUGUCAUACAACAAUCUUGUAGGAAGAAUUCCGACAGGACGUCAACUUGAUACCCUCUACGCCGAGAACCCGUCCAUGUACAGCGGCAAUAAUGGUCUUUGUGGGCCUCCUCUUAAAAAGAAUUGCCCAGGCAAUAAUGCUUUAGAGCAUGGUGAUCAGCAGAGAAGAGAAAGUGGUUAUGAUCCAGUGGUGUUCUUCUACUUUGGGCUGACGGCUGGCUUUGUGGCGGGACUCUGGAUUGUCUUUUGUGCUCUUCUGUUCAAAAGAGCAUGGAGGAGUGCUUAUUUCCGCCUCUUUGACAAGCUACAUGACAAUGUGUACGUGUUUGUUGUUGUUACUUGGGGCAUGAUAACCAGUAAGACAACUACAAGUUAA